AUUUUGGCACUCACAUUGUAUAAAAGGGAAGUCUGAAAUGCAUUCAGCAUGAGUUUUCCAGAACCUCGCAAGUAAAGAAAGUAAAGAUGCACUGUGUCAUACGCUUAAGCUUUGUCGUGGCUGUGAUGUUUUGCCUAACUGGCAAAGGAAAUGCCGGAAUGAUAGAGGCAGAUCGCAACAGGCUGCAGCAACUCCAGUUCCAAAGUCGUCAAACAUCUGAUGCCAACACCCAGGUGCGAAUUGCCUAUGAAGUCAUUGGCAUUUACAAUAAAUACAAGGGUCAAAGGGGAUCAGAUGUCGCUAGGGAAACUCAACUGAAUACCCAAGUUCGUGACUUCAAGAGGAAGACUGUCGUCGUAGAUGGAGUGCCAGCCCAAGGAGGAGUUUGGGAGAUCCUAGGAAUAGUUAAGUCCGCUACUGGGGCUAUUCCGGAACAUGUCAGGCAAGAUGCUCAGAACUUGAUCAAGAGCUCUUCAAAAGCCUUAGUUGAUGGUCUCGUGAACUAUCUUAUAAAUAUCGCUCUGGCGAAGUUGGGCCUUGGAAAGUGAAAUACGUGGUGACUUUGAAAAGGGGUUCCGAAUCUUGAGAAAAUAUAAUAAAUGAGCUUUUAACAGGGAGCUUAA